AUGCUAUAUGGAAAUUUCAAGAAAUCGGCACAACAUAUUGAUAAAAUGUUGAAUGCCCAAUCAAGAGAGGAGGUUUUGAAGAAUCGAAUGUGGCUUAAAGCAACUAUUGAAAUUGUUCGCUUUCUAGCAUUGCAAGGAAUUGGUUUUAGAGGCCAUGAUGAAAGUUCAAGUUCAUUGAAUCGAGGGAAUUUUAUUGAAGUGUUAAAGUGCAAAGCGGAAGGAAAUGAUGAACUUUCAAGUGUCAUCUUAGACAAUGCUCCACAAAACGCCCAAUACAUUGCUCCAUCAAUUCAAAAAGAGGUUCUUCAUAUUCUUGCAAAUAGAGUGAGAAAAAUGAUUUGUGAUGAAAUUGCAGGAGGUAAAUAUUGUAUUCUUGUUGAUGAAGCACAAGAUGAGUCUAAUACAGAGCAAUUGGCUCUUGUUUUAAGAUAUGUCAAGCAUGAUGGCUUACUAAUGGAACGUUUUUUUGCCAUUGAGGGCGUUGAAAACACAUCAGUAGUUACGCUUAAGGAUGCAAUAUGUGUUACUCUUGGUCGGUUCGAUCUUUCAAUUCAAAAUUUGAGAGUUCAAGGGUACGAUGGUGCUAGUAAUAUGCGCGGUGAAUGGAAUGGACUACAAGCAUUAUUUCUUAAAGAUUGCCCAUUUGCUUAUUAUGUCCACUGUUUUGCUCAUCGAUUACAACUAGCAUUAGUUGCAGCAGCAAAAGAUGAGAUGAAUAUUUGGCAAUUCUUCUCUCACCUAACUUGUAUUGUCAAUCUUGUUGCUUCCUCUCCUAAGCGUCUUGCUGAAUUAAAAUCUUUUCAAAGGGAUGAGAUUGCAUGUAUGUUGAGCACAGGUGAACGUGAAUAUGAUAAAGGGGCUAAUCAGAUUGGCACCUUGCAUCGAGCUAGAGCUACUCGUUGGAGCUCACAUUAUGAUUCUGUGAAGGAUUUGAUUGAUAUGUAUAAUGCAUCCUGCAGAGGUACGGGUCGUCAUUUUCAGCAACCAGAUCAUAUUACAGUUGAGCACCAAUAUCACUUUGACAUUUUCAACUCUGCAAUAGAUUUACAGUUGAUGGAGUUAGAACAUAGAUUCAACAAUGAAGUAGUGGAACUUCUUACUCUUAGCUCGGCUUUGGAUCCUAGUGAUUCUUUUAAAUCUUUUAAUGUGGAAAAGAUAUGCAAUCUUGCUGAGAAAUUCUAUCCUUGGGACUUCACUGGCCAAGAUGUUAAAACAUUGAAGUUUCAAUUGAUGCAUUAUCAACUUGAUGUAUCUAGUGAUCCCAAGUUUCAGAAUAUUUCUUCUCUUACUGAUUUAAGUCGGGAACUAGUUGUAAGCAAGAAGUUUGAGUACUACGCUUUGGUUGACAGAUUGAUUCGUCUUGUGUUGACUCUUCCUGUUUCUACAACAACUACGGAGAGAGCAUUUUCAGGCAUGAAACGUGUUAAAACAGCGAUACGUAGCAAGAUUGGAGAUGAAUUUCUUGCUGACUAUUGCACUGGUAAGCUGGCCGAAGUGACUGGUGUUGUCCCUGAUGAUACACUUUCCCUUUCUUCAGUUACUGAAGCUACUACAUUUUUUAAGAAGUUACUUAAAGCAAAGAGAGAGGGGAUUGGAGCUCUUGGUGGAGGAAAGGCAGGAAUAAACUGA